AAUUCAUUGCAUUCUUGUUUCAAAAUCUGUGCUUCUUCAUUGUUUUCAACAAAAAAAAAAACAUUGCGAUUUUUUUGAAAACUUCAGAAUGGGUAGAAAAUUCACUGCCAUUACUUGUUUAAUAUUGAUCGGUACAAAUGUUUUAUUAGUCAAAUCAUCACCACCAUCAAAAGGUGGUGAUGAUAAUGAUAGUUUUGAAGAUAGUGGUGAAAUUGUUGUACAACAACCAUUAGCUCGACCAAAACGUGGUGGUUAUAUUGAAAAACCAAUUGGUUAUGGUGCUGCUGCUGGUGGUAUGCGUUUUCGUGGUCCAGCUGCCGUAUAUAGUGGUGGUAAAAAUUUAGCCGGAUAUGGUGGCAGUGUAGGUAUGUCAACAUAUUCAACUGGUGGUGGUGGCAGUUUUGGUGGUGGUAGUUUUAGUGGCGGUAGUACCGGUGGAAGUGUCGGUGGCUCUUUACCUGGACCAAUGAGUCUUUAUAGUUAUGCACCAAGACGUGCUAAUGCAGCCGUUUAUGGUGGUAUUUGGGGACCACAAACCAAUGAAGAAGCAUUAAAAUUCGAUAGCCAUAUGACACGUUCAAUGAUUGCUGAAGCAUUAGCAUCAAGUGGUCGACGAUUAUAUGCUGGUCAUGGUGGUCUAAUACCGGCUGCUAUUCAAUCACGACGAAAUAUUCAAUUUUAUGAUGUACCAUCAAAUUUUGAAGCAGCCGAACCAAUUACAGUUGAAGUUGGUCAAUCACCAGCAGCACAAUUGAAUAUCCGAUUUAAAUCAUCGUCUAGUCCAUUGGCUGUUGAACAAGAUCAUUCACCAGCACCUGGUUCAAUGCGUGAAACAAGCAGUGAAGAUGAACCACAUGUUCUAAGACAUACUGUUUCACGACCAAUAUUCCAAGAAGUUCAUGAAGUAAUCAAACCGUUUCGACGUGUUACACAAGAAAUCCAACCAGUUCAGGAAAAUGUUGAAACCGUUGUUGCACGAGGUGAUGAAAUCCAAGGAGGAACUGGUAUUGUUGCCGGUCAAGUACUUACAGCCGACAGUGGUGAAGUUACCGGUGUACAACAAACUUCGAAUAUCAUUGCAACAGGACAUGGUGGAUCAGUUGGUCAAGGAUAUGUACAAGGAAUAUCAACAAAACCGGCCAUCUAUGGAUCUGGAUCAUAUGGUAUGAUGAAUGCUGGUGGUCAACAUGCUGCUGUUUAUUCAUCAAAACCAAAAAGUUAUGCUGCUGUUCAAGGUCAAACUGGCGGUUAUCGUCAAACUGGUUAUGGUCAUGGUAUGGCUGCUGGUACCGGUUAUCAAAAACAACAAAUAACCGGUGGUGGUGGCCCAGAAAUGGCACAGGUUCAAAUUCCAUUUGCAAGACGUGCAGCUGCUGCUGCUUCUGCUGCACGUGGUGCUCGUCGUGCACGACGUGCUUGAAUGCAAUUAAUAAGCGAUUAAUAAUAGCGGUUAAUUACUAGCCGAUAUUUCUAAAUUUCCGAUUCAAAACAAACAAAUCGAAAUUCUCAAUAUUUUUUUUUUAAUCAAUACAAAUGUCCUGCCAAACAAUCUAAAUAAUAAUUUUUGUCAAAAAA